CGACGAUACAUCCCAACGUACAUCGAAUCGUGUGAAAAGUAAGGCCAAGUAAACAACGUGUAAAACACACAAUUUUAUUAUGGCCGAAUGCAUUCAGUCGAUCUCCGCAUGGGAUUCCAUCAAAAUUCACGUGUUGUCCAUCGUCUUCGGCAUGUGGAUACUCUGCAAGAAGCUGAUGAACCGUUUGUGGAAAUCGAAAAGAAGCAACAGUCUUCAAUUGCGUGAUAGUCCGCCCUCUUGUCUAUUGGACUCAUACUUAGGGCAACACAAGUACGUCAAAUUGAAGGGUGUUAAAUUCCACUACGUAGAAUCAGGCCCCAAAGACCAGCCUUUAGUCCUUCUAUUGCACGGUUUUCCGGACUGUUGGUUGAGUUUCAGAUUUCAAAUACCGAUAUUGAGUCAACAUUUCAGAGUAGCGGCGUUGGAUCUUAAGGGUUUCGGGGACUCCGAUAAACCAGCGUGGAGGACUAAUUAUAAAAUUGAUACGAUCCUCAAGGAAAUCGCGGAAUUCGUUCACGCUUUGGGGGCAGCGGAAUGCAUAGUGAUCGGUCACGAUCUCGGAGCUUUGAUCGGCUGGUAUUUGGUCCAUCAGUAUCCCCAUUUGGUGACCAAGUUCAUAUCGAUUUCAUGCCCGCAUCCAAAUGUCUACUGGCAGAAUCUCACCAACGACGGGUGCUACCUUUACCAAUGGUUGAAUUUCGUUCAAAUGCCUUAUUUACCGGAAAUAGACGCGCUCAAAGAAGACGUCAAAAUCAUCAACCAGUACCACAAACACUUGCAUCCCAACGAUGUUUAUUUGGAGGCCUACAAAUACUCUUUCUCCAGGCGAGAGGACUGGACGGGGCCGAUUAAUUAUUACAGGAAUCUUCCUUUUAUUAGAAUACAACAGGAUUCGGAGAGAGUCGCUUCUUCGGUGUUCCUCAUCACGGGCGGCAAGGAUAAGUUGGUGAAGCUGGAAGGCAUCGUGAAGUCAACGGAGUUUUGCGAAAAGUUCGAUUUGAAGAUAGUCGACGGGGUCGAGCAUUUCCCCCAUCAGGAAAAUCCGGACGUCUUCAAUGAAAUUCUGUUGAAAUACUUGAUCGUUAUCAACGCGAGCGACAAGACCUACGAAGGAUCCUCCACGAGGCUCAUGAAAGGAUUGUUCGGAGCAAUGAGUAAUACUGUGAAAUACGGAAAUUCAGUUUUCGAUCACGUGCAAAAACGAACGAAUAAUGUGGUCAGUAGUAUACCUAGUAUAGGACUUUUAAAUUAUUCCCAACCUAAUUUGUAAGACAUUUUUUUUCACAAUUACAAUAUUCGUUGGUACUUCUAGAUAAGGACAGUGAAGCUGGUAGACCUACGUUUUGUUAUACUGGUGGUUUAAAUGGAAUUCAAUAUAAAAUUAUUAAAGUAGCUCUUAGCACGGUGAUUACUAAUAUUUCAGUUACGGUUUGAUGGUGCUGAGAAGAAUUAAAAUUAUAUGGCUUACGAUUGAUGGCUUACAAUGUGUAUGUUAACUCGAUAUGUUAAAGAAGAGAAAAAACGAGAAUAUUCCUAUAAAUCAUCCGUGGGUUCCUUACGGAAGGAAACGAGUGAGAAAUCUGUUAUUUGUUAGGUAGCUAAAUUCAAAAAUCCGGACAGAAUUGUACAUACAUAUUUAAUUAAAUUAAUUGUAAAGUAAAAGCGAGUGUAUUAUGUGUGUUAAUUUUUUGUAAAAAC